GCUAUGAUGAAAACAACCUAAGUAAUUUUAUCAAUUUUAUUACAAUGCAUGGGAAAACUGGAGAGAAAAUCUUUUCUUUAAAGUAAUCCAUAGUUGUAAUUACAUAAUAAAAGAUCAUUAAAGUGACAAUUGAGAUGCAGAAUUUACCAACAAAAAUGAAUGCCCCUCCAAUACCAUUGACUAAAGAAAAUCUCAUACUAUUAGCCCAUAUAGUUUCGAAGGCAGCUUUAGCAGCAGAACAAAAGUUUUUACCGGUUAGAGCAAUCAUAAUGUAGGCAUUAUUAUUCAAAAAUCUGAUGAACCUUUCAAAACAUGCCAUGCAGCAACUCAAACAUCUUAAUAAACAUUUGACUGCCUUAUUUUCAGAGCCAGCCACUUUUUCAGUUUAAUAUCUAAUAUAUUCCAACAUGAUUCUGAUGAGUUAUACAAUAGCCAAGAUCAAAGAACCAAAUGCUAAGGAACCUGCGUGAUACCUGAAAACUCUAUA